AUGGCGAAGAAGGGCCAGACCGCCAUCGAGAAGGCCAAGAAAGCCUUGGAGGAGGUGAACAAGGCGCUCACGGACGACUUCAAGGGCUUACCUGCUGCCCUCAGGCGCGACGUGUACGGCGCGUUGAGGUACUCCCUCAGCAUCACCGACAAGGACAAGGCCAAGCAGUUCACUGAGCUGAAGAAGGACGAGGACCGCCGAACGUGGGCGGCGCAGUUCCUCGUUGACCCGUCCUGCGGCUCCUGCGGCGCGAGCGGGUCGACGGAGAUCACGAAGCGCGACGAAGACAAGGAGAAGGUCGUUUGGGUAACGCAGUCGCAACUGGCAGGACCUAAAUACCUUAAUGAUCCCGAGCACGCGAAGAUCCUGGUCGAGUCGGGCGACUUGGAGGAUAGACCCCACGAGUAUAAGAGCAUGCGAGCCAAGGACAUCCUUCAGUAUAAGUUCUCGUGGACCAUCCUCGAGAAGCUCGAGCGCACGGAUGACAAAUCCAAGGUGGAGGUGAAGGACGCAGAGAUGACGGGAGACCAGUACAAGCAGAUACGCCAGGAGAAGGAGAAGAAGGCGAAGAAGGCGCGGGUUGCGGAGAAGAACAAAGCGAUCAACGAGGUCGAGAAGGUCACGAUCAACGUGUCCCACGAGCUUGGCAAGGUGAAGUGGAUCAAAGAGGGGCUCAAGGAGCGCCAGUACCCAGACGCGCUCAGCAACUUCUUGGACACCCAGGUUGAGGAGUGCAAGCAGACCCUGGAGACGGCGAAGAAGAAGUUCACCGAGGUGUAUGAGGCAGAUGCGCAGUUCUGGGAUCCAGAUACAGGGAGGAUCAAGAAGGGGAAGAUUCAUUGUCUGUUGCCGCAUGAGGUCCUCAGUGCCAUCACGCCUCCUGGCUCUGAAGAUGCAAUUUGUGAGUUCGAUGCUGAUCAGGUUGGCUCCCGCACCAUGCUAGCCAAGACUCUGGAGGAGCUUGGGGCCGACGCCAGCAAGCAGUGGGCUGCCGUUGGCAUCUGGGGCGACAGCGCCCCGUACGCCCUUCGCGACUCCGUGUACCUCCUUCUUUGGAACACGAUCUCUGGACCAACGAACAAGCGAUGGUGGUUCGUGGCGUUUCCCAAGAAGUUUGUCUGCCAGUGUGGGUUGGUCUGGGAUCGCCAGGCGCCGCUGAUAUCCACCCCGGCCGACGCCGCCCCGACUAGAGCCGCGGCGGAUCUCGCUGGGAUGUCGCGCUGGCGGCAGGUCGGCGUCGGGGGAGCAGGGCACGAGCAGGGCCAGUCCCUGGCGCGGCGGGUGAAGGUGGAAGAGGCGGAGGAGCACUCCGAGCAGAAGGUGAUGCUGCUCCACGAGAUCGCAGAGGUGCUGAAGCUGAUCGAGGCGCCUUGUUUCCAGCAGUUGCUGCCGCUCCUGGUGAGGCACAUGGUGCGUUUGCUAGGAUCGCACAACGCCCAGCCGAUCGAGGCGGUGUUGCAGUUUUGGAAGGACCCCGUGCUGGCGGAGCUCUUCCGUGGGGCCGCGGCAGGACUCGUGCCGCCGCUGCUGCCGGUGCUGCUGCGCGGCGGGGAGCCGUUCUGGAACCCCACCGUCAACAAGAUGACCGCCCUCGUGCUGGAGAAGCUGGAACAGAGCGAUCCCGUGAUCUUCGCCUCCACGGCCGAGGACCUCUGGGGCCCUGGCAGGCAGGUGCCCGCCUUCGAGCAGGCCGCGGCGGCCCCGCGCGAGCGCACCGCCGAGGAGCAGGCCGAGAGCGACGCGAGGAUGGCUGCCCCAAGGCCGGCCGGCGGUGGGAGCGUGUCGUCCCUGAAGUUCGGCAUGGCCGGGUGGAGGCCCCCGGGGGCCACAGGCCCUGGCGGCGCCGAGGGCCGCACUCUGCCGCCGGCGACCACCACGGGCGUGGCGCCGUGGGCCUUCCAGAGCGGCGGCGCCGCGGCGGCUCGCCGCGGCCCGCUCUCUCAGGGCACCGCGGUCCCGCCGAAGCAGCCCCCGAGCACCGUGACCGGCGUGGCUCCGUGGGCCUUCGGCGGCGGCGGCGGCGGCAGGGCGCAGGGCCCGCUCGCGUCCCUGGCGAAGGGCGGGUCUGGCGGGCAGGGACCAACGGUGACGGGGAGCCCGAUGGGCGUCAUCGGGGAGGACGCCGCGCCGGCGGAGGAGAGGUCGGGUAUCGACCGCGUGCACGAGUACAUGAAGCUGCUCAGCCCGGGCGGGACCGAGGGCCCGCAGGGCGACGCGCACUGGGAGGCGGCGCUGGCAUCGGAGACGCCGACGCUGCUGCCGGCGCUCAAGUUCCACCAGCUCGUGUUCGGCCACGAGGACCUGGGCGCUGGUGCGUUUAGCGUUGUCCGGUACGCCCGCCUCAUCGAGAAGACCAAGACGCAGAAGGAGUGGGCAGAGUACGCCGUCAAGGUCAUCAACACGAAGACCAUGGAGGAGCUGGGCUACCAGGCCAGCGUGAACCGCGAGAUUUGCGUCUUGAAGAUGCUCAGCCACCCCGGCAUCGCCCGCCUGGUGUCGUCCUUCCGCUUCCGCGACGGGGCCUACCUCGUGCUCGAGUAUGCCUCCAAAGGCGACUUGCACUCGAUCCUGGUGCGGUGCGGCAGACUGGAGGAGGACACGGCCCGAUUCUUCCUCGGGGAGGUGAUUGCCGCGCUGAGCGCGAUUCACGAGAUAGGGUUCGUGUACGCGGACCUCAAGCCCGAGAACGUCGUGAUCACGUCCACAGGCCACGCCAAGCUGACCGACUUUGGCGGCUGCCGGCCCGUGACCGAGGAGGCGCGCGGCCGCACGCGGGAGUCCCUCCUGCGCGGCCUGCGCAACGGCGACUGGCGCGCCGCCGACGAGGCCGGAGGUGCAGCGGCCCCCGCCGACAGCGAGGAGGCCUCGCCUGACGUGCAGCAGGAUGAGCGCGUGGAGGGCACCACGUUGUACCUGCCUCCAGAGGUGGUGCAGGGGCGCGCGCCCACCCUCGCGGCAGACGCGUGGGCACUGGGGUGCCUGGCGUACCAGCUGCUCACCGGCCGGCCGCCGCUCUGGGCGGCGAGCGAGCGAGAGGAGGAUCUGCUUUCCCGCAUCGUCUCCUUCAAGCUCGACAGCGCAUCGGCGCAGGCCGAGGGGAUGUCGCAGCGGGCCACGUCCCUCGCAGACGCCCUGCUCGCAGCGGACACCUCCAGGAGACUCUCGGUGCAGCAUGCUGCUGUGGACCCCUUCUUCGAGGGCAUGGACGUCUUCGCUCUGCACAGGAGGCCCCGGGGGCCCGUGCUGCCUGCCGGCGAGCGGGCGGCCGCGAGCACGGAGGAGGACGCCAGGUGGCAGAAGAGGCAGUUCUCGAAGAUAUGGACCGUGGCGGCGUCGCCCCAGGACUACGCCUUGCCGAAGGCUGGCGAGGGGGACGCUGGCAUCACGGAGAUCAAGGAGACGAGCGCCGAGCGCGGGUCUCCGUUCGUGGAAGAGGCCCUGCAAGCACCACCUGCUCCACAGAAAUCUCGCCUGGAGUCCCUCUGA